CUUUGAAAUGUGAUUUUAUAAUCCAGUAAUGCUUCUAGUGAAACAAAGGAUCAGAUGAAAUUCGUGAUUCAUGCAACGGAAUAAGUUUCAAAUUUCACAAAGGAAGAAAAAUAUUUGAAAAAUCCAGACACAUAAAAAAAUUCAGUCGGAGAAAUUAUCAACAGCAGUCGCUUCAGAGAAAUAAGUCAGUUGUCAUUGACAUUCCUCCUUGUCUCGUUAAUCAUUCAGCUGAGACAAAUGUCAACCCAGUGUCUUUUUAUUGCAAAACAAUGCUACGUACACAUUCUUUCGCUGAUAUCAUUCUUUUCAUAAAUAAUCAACGUGACGUCACAGUUGGCUGGGUGUUAUCGCAGAGACUGCAAUGUCGGUAAACCUCAUCGUCAAAUUGUUCUUAGUGGUUACAAUUUUUGACAGGUAAAACCCAACCGUGCAGCGUUGAAUAUAACGGGAAGAACCAAGACCAAGUUGGCAAGUUCCUGUUUUUCUUUUUAUUAUUACCGGUAUUUUGGACCUUGUUUUUUUUUUCUUUCGGGGUAUGCAGCAACCCUAGAGGGCUUGCCGACAAAUAUUUUAUUUACCUUUUUUCUUUCUUUCAAAAAAAAAAAAAUAAAAAACAAAAUUCUUGUGAUGUGGAUAAGGUUGCUGUUUAGCAGUUUUGGGAAGGAGUUGUCAAAAAAGUGGUCGGCCACUUGUUAGACGAGGGAGAAAUAAAGCCUGUGCCUUUGUUUUGUGUUGAAUUUUUUUUUUUGUUUUUAAGUUAUCGUGUUUUACUACAAUUAGACUGUUUGUACAAUAUUCUCAAAUAUUAAUUUGAAUGAAUUAGAGCAAGAAGAAAAUCUAAACGAAAAGCUUUGCAGGUUCCCACUCUCGUGAUGGCUCACUACAUCGAACAAGAAGAUUACACAUCGACUGAGGAGAGCGGCGCCGAAGACAGCGACGAAGACAUCAUCACCGAUUACCUGUCGCCGCUGGACGACAACGGCAAUUUGGAUGCAGCUUGUGCGACGAGGAUAUUAUCCCCUGGCGCCGCAUCAGCCGCCACUAGCGCAACGACGCUAUCCAGCCGCUGUUUUUUCGACAGCGACGAUACGACAGAUUCGCCAGCUGUGAGAAUCUCAGCCGAGAUGGAAGCAGCCGGAGCUGCCGCUGCUUGCGACGGCACAACACGCACCAUCUCGUCAGACGACCCAAUCAUUAGCGCCAAUCAUUACGCAACCACUGCCGAAUCCAUUCCCAUCAUCAGCGUCACGCAGCAUUCGCCGGCCGCUUCCAAGGCAUUCUUCAUCUUGGAGGACAACCUCCGGCAGCUGCACGGCAUCCAGGAGAGCAUCCAGCGGAUGAGACAAGUCAGCGUGCAGACACUUCGACUCCAGUCGCAGGUGGGUCGGAGACUUCGCUACGGCGGCAGCUGCAACUGGAGUUUGUCUUGCCCGUCGCUGUGCAGCGGAAGUGGUGGCCAACUCUCGUCCUCUUCGCCCGCAUUGGCUGGCAACGGAAAUGGCAAUAACAACGAGGCCGAUUGGUUGGGCGCGACUUUGGCCGAUUGGGACUCGCCCACACCGCCCGUCGCUCAUUUGUGGGGAGGAGAUGGAGGCGGUGCUAGUCGUAAGGCCAGCCUGGCCAACGGAUCGAAACGGCGUCGCAGCUGGGCCAGCCCGUGGGAAGUGGACGAAAUGGGAUUGGCGGCAGCCGGUGGUACAUGCGGCAUCACUUACGAAGAGGGUGCUGGAAUGUUGGAAGGUGGCGGUGGACGGACGAGGAGCAUUAGUUUGAGCAGUGGCGACACGGAUAACGAGCAAGAAGGAGGUCAUUCGUCAAGAGCGCGCCAGGCCGGCAUCGCCACGUCUUCGACGGCGCUAUCCUCGAGCGAACUCAAAGUGCUGGCCGGCCGCCACUCGACCCAUUCCCUCAACGACAUGGGAUUCCCCUUGAUCCCGGCAUUGCCGACCAAACAGCGAGGAAUGUCAAAAGAUGGCGAUAGUAGAGAUGGCGAUCCUACCAAAUGGCUAUCGCCACGAAUCAUGACGCUGCAGAAAUCCAUUUCCACGCCGUCGAUCCUGGCCGUCAAGGACGGAUCGAACCUCUCGGCCUUGACCUUGUCCAGCGUCAAAAAUUCAAUGUCGUCUUCGUCAGCCAGCGCCGGAUCCGCCAGUGGCUCCAUGACGGCCACCGUAGGCAGCGCUUCCGUCGCGUCCGGCACGGCAAUCAAAGAAGCGCAGGGCAUUUUAAUGACGACCACAUCAGCCGGACCCACUUCUUCGUUCCCCCGUAUGUCAUCGUACACCGGUUUGGAGAGUGAAACCGAUGACGAUUCCGAAUUGCACUUAGACCACCACCACCAAUCAUCUCGUUAUUCCCUAGGCAGUUUCGUCGCCGAGCCUGGUUUCGAGAACGACGACGACGCCAACUCGUCGAAGCGGAGGAAGCGCGGCAGCAUCUUUUUCCGCAAGCGCAAGGACAAGGAGAAGGAGAAGAGCAAAUUGAAACAGCCGCAUCAGUUUGUGCCCGUUUGCCAUUCCAACUCGCAGCCGUGUGAUGUCUGUUCCAAAUCGCUGACCAACAAGGCCGCCCUGCGCUGCGAGAGCUGCGCCAUCACCGUCCACGAGAAUUCGUGCCGCGAUCAGGUCACCGACUGCACGCGCUUCAAAGUGCCCAAGAGCAUCCCGCUAGGAUCGAAGGUGUCCUCGCUGGCCAACCUGACGGGCACCGGACACACGAAACUGCAGUCGUCGCAUUCCUCCGUCGGGGUAGGUGGAGGGGGAGGACCUCUGACGGCAUUCAACUCGUCUAGCACGUCAUCGUCGUUGUAUUAUUCGGCCUCGUCUUCAUCGGCGGCCACGUCCGCUGGACUUUCAGGCAAUAAUCACGUGGGCAAUAACAGCGGCGGUGGUGGCAGCACUUGGUCGGUGGCCUCCACCCUGCCGUCCUCGUCUUCCUCCACGGCGGCGGCCAGCACGCCCGCCUCCUCAUCCCAAACGCCCAGCACGCCCAUUGCCAGUCCUCUCUUUGGCAACAGUGCCGUUAGCAAGCUCAGCGGCUUGUCGCAACGGUCGCAGUGGAAGCGCGUCGCCGCUAAAUUAGGCGUCAACAAAUGUGGGGCUGGCGCCGAUAAGGAUUCCAACGAUCCAUCCAAUACUCUGAACGAGGAUCAGUCCAGUCAUCCAACCAAUGAUGGAGAUGGACACGACACCAUUGAAGGAGUUUUUAAUGCGGCCGAUAUCAAAGACCUGGAUCUCGAUCCGGAGCUGGGCAUCUUGGACGAGGAGGCCGAAGCCUGGGUCGGCACCGUCGACAAGAAGAUCUCCAAGAAGUUGAAGGAGAAGGAGAUCAAAAGACAGGAGCACAUUUACGAGUUCAUUAUCACCGAGAAGCAUCACUGUCUCACGUUGAAAGUCAUGCAGAAGAUUUUUGCGGAAGGAAUGCGAAGGGAAAUGAGCUUCACGUCGGAGACGGUGGACAGGAUUUUCCCGUGCCUGGAAGAGUUGAUCGAAUACCACCUGCAGUUUCUGCGCCGGCUGCGACAUCGGCAGCGCCAAGAGGCGGUCGUGACGACGAUCGAGGAUAUCCUGCGGAUCCAAUUCUCUGGCAUGCUGGGCGACCAGCUGCGUUCUUUGUACGGUGAAUUUUGUAGCCGCCAUCAGGAGGCCGUGUCCAUGUACAAAGAGAUGAUCAAAGAGGACCACAAGUUGGCGGCCUUCGCCCGCCAGUGCACCAUGAAUCCGCUGUGCAAAAAGAAAGACAUCCCAGAGUGCAUCCUCUUUGUGACGCAGCGCAUCACCAAGUACCCGCUCCUCAUCGAUCCGCUCAUCAAGACGUCCAGGGAACAGCCGGACGAGUGCCUCAAGCUGCAGCAAGUCCUCGGCUUCGUCAAGGAUAUUCUAAUUGGAGUCAAUGCCCAAGUGGCUGAAAAGGAACGAAAAUUGAGGCUGAUUGAAGUGUACAACAAGAUCGAUGCCAAAUCGGCCACCACUUAUAAAAACAAGAAAUUCAAAAAAUCGGAUCUCUUGUCCAGCAACAGACGCCUCAUGUUCGAAGGUGUGGCUUAUUUAAAUCACGCCAGAGGCAAAGUUCAGUUGGUGACGGUGGUUGUCCUGUCCGACGUCGUCUUCUUCUUGCAAGAAUCCAACCAAAAGUUCCAUUUCGUCACUCAAGAUAACAAAGCCGGAGUCAUUUCCCUGCAAAAGUUGCUGGUCCGCGAGAAGGCCGGCGGUUCGGACACGCGGAGCAUCUAUUUGAUCAGUUCCAAUCCGGAUGAGCCGGAAAUGUACGAGCUGCAAUGCCAGAAUCCGCGUGAGAAACGCAUCUGGAUCGAUACCAUCAGGGCGGCCGUAGAACAAUGCCCGGAGGACGAGGAAGGAAACGUGAGCGAAGGCGAGGAACAGCGCAAGAUCCGCGAGGCACAAGAUAUCAAGACGCGCCAGUUAAUUGGUACUCUACGUGAUAAGGACCGCCAGCUGGGCGCCUUGCUCGAGGAGAAGAUGGCCACCUUCUGCGAGCUUGUCGAGUUGUUGGCCAAUAACGAGGAUAGCACCAGCUCCUGGCUCUUGCUCGGCUCGGAUAGCGCACCGCCAAAGUACAGUCACUUGGUCGAGCAAGGAUUUCAAUCGGUCCAGGCCAAAGAGACGCUGUCGCAGGCCAUGACGGAACUCUGCCGGCUGAUGGGUUUGCUGCUGUCCAGCAACGUGGCCGCCAACUGGAACUUGUCGCGCAGCGUCAGCUCGGUCGGAGAGAGACACAGCGACACGUUUUCAAUGCCUUUGCUUCCGAAACGAGCCGAAACGUUUGGCGGAUUCGAUCAGAACGGGAAGGAGAAGGGGUGCGUUAAAAAGAAGUCGGCCACGGACUUGACGGCCGUCGAGAUGGGCGGAGAACAACAGCAGACGUCGUGGUCGUCGCAGAUUCCGCCCGUCCUUCAAUUGAACGGAGAACAACAAGCGAUGGGGUUGGAAUUGGUGCACAACGUCAGCACGCUCUUGUGUCUCUUGUCCAGCCAAGCGACGGCCUUCGAGUCGCUACGAUCUGAUUUCUUGGCUGAAAUUAAAGCCAGUCGCAAUGGGGCGGCCUUGUCUUCCGCUCCGUUCGGUUCCGGCCCUGCCACUCUGGCUAAAUUCCAGCACAAGGCCAGUCACAAUCAACGGCUUGAAGAGUUACGAAACCUGCAGGAUCGCCUGUCUAAAGAAAAGGCGGAAUGGUCUCGUGAACGCGCGAUGCAAGAGGAGCACCUCAGUGAGCAACGCAAACAGUUGCUGAAACUCCAGGAGCAGGUGAGGAUCGAAAACACUGACAUCCAGCAGCAGAGGGAGAAUCUCUAUCAGAAACUAGAAGCUCUGCGAGGUCAAGGCAUUUUGCUCAGCCCCAACAUGACCAUCGUUUCGACGGCCCCGAUCGCGUCGGCCGUCAGUCCGACGUCCGGGGAGGACACGGACGUGACGAGCGCUUCCUCCCCUCCACCGCCAGUAGCACCGGCCAACGCCACGUCGCUUCUCCCUUCGCCAACGCCAUCUUCCGUCGAUUUGGGCAGACGAAAGACAAUUUCAGGGGGAUCAAACACGGCCGGAAUGGGUUCAGCCAGUGCUGGACUCCUCAAACGAGAGAGCUGCAGCAAUUUGCCUUUGCCGAUGAAUUUAAUCAGUGCCAAAAACGAGCAAAAGGCCGUUGUGGCACUGGCCAACACGUUGCCCAUCAAACAACAACUGCCCAUGAAGUUGGCCAAAUUAGGAGCCUCAAUGGGAUCGACUGGCCACGCCAGUGGCACGGCCGGUAGCGCCAACAAUGGCAACACGUCCAAUCACAGCCCGCAUGGCAACGUAGCAUCACCCACUGGAGGAAGUCUGGUCCAGCAGCUGCUGCCUCUACGUCUGUCUGAAAGUUUGGAGCACAAACGGGCCGUAUCCAAAAUCCUGUCGACGGACAGUUUCAAGCCAAAACUCAGUUCGAGCAGCUUCAGCCCUCCGGCCAGCAAAAGCGAAGAUUUUGUGGCCGGUCACAACCGUACGGGUAGUAGUCCAGCUUCGAUCCAAAUGCUGAGUCCCAGGCAUCACCACUACCAUUACUCAACUGCCACUGCAAGUGGAGGAGGUAACAUGAAUCCACCUAAAAUACCGGACAAACCGGCGUCCCUUUUACUCCAGCAAGCGGCCCGAGGAUCGCCUCAGUUACCUCCGCCUCCGCACGGCCAUCACCACCAAGUGCAACCUCCGCCUAAAGUGCACGAUCCUGAAACGAAUCAAGAAAUUGUUUUCCUUUAAACAAAAC